CUUAUAAGGUUAAGAAAAUUCUAAGGAACAUGUCAGUGAAUCAGCAGGAUCUAGAUCCAGAUAGUACUACAGAUGUUGAUGAUGUUAGAAGUUCUGAAGAAGAACUUAUCCAAAAAUGUGAUAAAAUGUGGAAAGAUAUGGAAGAAUGUCAGAAUAAAUUAUCACUUAUUGGAACUGAGAUACUCACUGAUUCAAAUGCUCAGUUAUCAUUAUCAAUUAUGCAAGUGAAACACUUAACAGCUGAACUCAGUCAAUGGCAGAAAGAAACCCCUGAAAUAACUCCACUGAGUGAAGAUGUUCUGAUAACACUAGGAAAAGAAGAAUUUCAAAAAUUGAAGCAUGAUCUUGAAUUGGUACUCUCUACUAUUCGGGCAAAGAAUGAAAAGUUGAAAGAAGACUUGGAAAGGGAGCAACAAUGGUUACAUGAACAGCAACAGAUAAUGGAAUCACUUAAUCUAUUACACAGUGAAUUGACACAGCAGGUUGUGCCACUUUCUGAAUCAAGCAUCAUUGAAAAACUGGAGGCUAAGCUUCAUGAUGUAAAAGAAUUUAAGGAGAAACUCUUGAUUUCCUUGGGUGCAUUUCUAGAAGAUCAUUUUCCUCUACCUGAGCGAAAUGUUAAAAAGAAAAAGAGAAACAUGCAAGAAUCAAAUGCACAACUUAUAACAUUGCAUGAAAUGCUAGAGAUUCUUAUAAAUAGAUUAUUUGAUGUUCCACAUGAUCCAUAUGUCAAAAUCACUGAUUCAUUUUGGCCACCUUACAUUGAGCUGCUUCUACGAAAUGGAAUUGCCUUAAGACGUCCAGAAGAUCCAUCCCAAAUAAGAAUAGAAGCCUUCCAUCAGUAAAAGUCUCUAUCUUUCAAGGAUAAUGAAAAUAUUAGGAUUACUUGGAUAAAGAACAGUAUUUGCAAAUCAAAACACAUCUUUUCUAUCCUUCAAAUGAUAAUGUUGCCUUCUGUUUCUCCUUAAAAAUAUUUUCUCAUUCACUUAGUACCUUAGUGUUGUUAAACUGUGUGGACAAGAAUGCACCUAAAAGUACUUCAGAUUUAAUGAUUACAAAAAAUGUAAUGUAUCUUCUGCAAAAUUAUUUGCAAGAGUGCCAGAAAGAUAAUACAAGAGGAAUAAGACCAGCUGUAGUCCCUGAGCAUUGCCAAAUGUGGCCCCAAAAUUUAAAUACACAACAUUUCUGGAUAAUUUCUUUAUAUGUUUUUAGUUCCAUUUGAUACUUCUCUUCAUAUUUAGGAAAUGUAAUGUAGUGUACUUUAUUCCAGAUACCUUUAAAAUUGAUGAAUCUGGUAUAAAAUUAGCAUUAUUUUUAUGCAUUAAAUUUUUAUGCAGUCUUAUUUCUAUAUUUGAUAAAUGUUGAGCCAUGAAAAGGCUAAAGGUAGCAUGGGAACUGUGUUUUAAUGUUUAUUAUAUAACAAGUGAUAUUUUCUAUUUAAUUACUUUGAUGCUAUUACUAAUAAUUGUGUUAAUAAAAUUUUGUUAAUCCCUAUGACCUCUGUAAAUAAAAUAUCUCUCAAGAAAUCUUAACUU